AUGUCACCUCUAUCCUGGACAAAGUCAGCGCAAUGGAUCUGGGCACCCAAUCAUCAUGAAGAAGAUAAUGCGCCUGCUCGAUAUUUUCUGUUUCGUAAAAGCUUCCAAUGGAGCCUAUCCUCGGAUUUAAAAGAGCUGCCCGUCCAUGUCUCCGCUGACAGUCGCUACCGACUGUAUGUCAACGGCCACCGCGCGAGCUUUGGUCCUUGCAAGAGUUACCCGGAGCGAUGGUACUACGAGACAGUCGACAUCCGGCCAUAUCUGGUGGAGGGAGAAAACAUCAUCAGUGCGCGUGUCCUUCGCUACUCCAGUGUUUAUGCGGGCUCCUCGUCGAUCAUCAGUACAGAGCUGCCGGGGUUCCUGGUUCACGGAGGAAUUGAG